ACAGCUCCGUGUUAGCUGGGUCCUUACAGAAGAGGGUUGACAGAUGUGAGGAGUCUGAUAGCCUCAGCUUCCCACCACGGCCAUGUGGGCUUUAAUGAGGGGUUAAUGAGUUGUGCCUCUAACAUCCCGCUUGUAACGCUGUGCGAGCGCUGCGGCACUUCGUCCUCCCCGCCGCCAGGGGGCGCUCGCUCCGCCGCCAUCGCCGCGGGUGCUGCUGAGAGUUGGAUCCCGGUUGGAGGCCGCGGCCAUGCGGAGGGUGAGCAGCAGCGUGUGCAGCGAUGAGGUGCUGCUGGAGGAGCUGGAGACGGAGGGGGAGCGGCAGCUGAAGAGCCUCCUGCAGCAGCAGCUGGACACCAACGCCUCCAUCGAGCGGUGUAAGUCGAAGCGGAGGUGCUUCGCUCCGGCCGCGUUCUACCGGCCCUUCGGGGAGGCGGCGGCCGGGGCUCUGAGCCUGUCCCAGUUCCGAGAGCUGCAGGAGAGCGACAGAGAGACCGCGGCGCUGCGGGACCUGGGGCUGUCCGACCCCGAGAUCGAGCUAUGGAGGAACCGCGCUGCGGGGAAGCGCUCCGGGCUGGGGGCGGCCCCCGAAGCCGUGCGGGAGCGACUCGAUGCCAUCCAGCAGAAGAUGGACGAGAGGCAGCGCAUCCUGCAGCUGCCGCAGAGGUUUGCUGGCAGCAAACAGCUGAGCAGGAGGGAGAUGGAGAUCGAGAACGCUCUAUUCCAGGGGACGGACCGGCAUUCCUUCCUGCGGGCACUGUACCACCAAGAUGACACCCCAAGGGUCACAGAUGAGAAGGACCCCAUGGGUCACCUGGACAGCGUUUACCAAGAGGUGCUGGGCAAGCAGCCGCCUGCAGGGGACCAACCAAGCACGAGUGCUGUGUGCUCCCUGCCUGCCCCAGCCCUGCAGGGCUCUGACCAUGAGGACUCAUCACCUCCUGACCAGCCAGGCCAGGCAGGGAGCCCCAGCCCUCCAUCAAAGCUCCAGCAGCCCCCUCCAGGGCCUGUGACUAUAAAGGAGCCUGUGGAGUUCAUCCCAGAGGAGGAGAUCUGCAGGAACCGGCUCUCUGAGGAAGAGCUCCGCAACAUACCUCGCUUUUCUUCCUACCGUCCUGGGGAGCCCAACAAGGUGCUGUAUGUGAAGAACUUGGCCCCUCGUGUGACCAUGCAGGACCUGGUGUCGCUGUUUGCCCGGUUCCAGCAGGACAGCACACCCAUCCAGUUCCGCCUGCUGAGCGGCCGCAUGCGGGGCCAGGCCUUCAUCACCUUCCCUGAUGUUCAGUCAGCUCAGGACGCGAUGCUGUUGGUGAACGGGUACAAACUGCAUGGGAAGCCCAUGGUGAUUGAAUUUGGGAAAAGCAAAGUGCCAUCAACAGAGGCUGAGGCUGCUGCUCCCUCCUGCUCUGCUGGAGCACCGCCUGCUGCCACGUAAGGGCUGGAGGAGCUCGUGGACUUGAACAGGCCCUGAGCUGGCCUUGCUGAGGACUGGUGGGAGCUGAGUGCAGCUCUGUGCAGCUGCAGGGCAGGGUGAGGGCUGACCGCAGCCUCAAGGUGCUGAGGAAGCACAGCUCUCCUCUGUGCUGCUGGUACAUGAGGCUCUUCAGGGGGGCUGGUGCUGGGUGCUCCUCAUGCACUGUUCUCACACUGCCGUUGGGGUGCUCCACCUGUCUGUGUUAUCAACCCCUUGUGGCGAGGAAGAGGGGAAGCUGUGUGAACAGAUGUGCUGAUAUCGUGUAUUUCUGGAUCUUUAUUUGCACGUCAGUGUGCUCCUUUGAGAGAAAAGGGACUCGUGUGCAAGGAAGCAUCAUUUUUCACACUUGAAUGUUUUAAAGCAUCAGCAUCGUUUGCCUUAAGGUGGUGCUUUGGGUGCAGAAGUUGCUGGGGCUCUGAUAUACUGGAGGUUGUCUGCUCUCACUGGCUGAGCUGCAGCCACUGUUCAGCACAGGAGCUCUGUGUCCAGCAAAAAUAACCCAAGAUUCUA